AUGUCGAAAAUAACAAUUUUGGGAGCUGGAAUUACCGGCAUGGGAAUUGCAAGGCAAUUGCCCAAGAACACUGAGGUUACAAUCCUAGGUGACUUUUUGCCUGGCGAUGCGAUGGACCAGCGUUAUGUCAGUCAGUGGGCAGGCGCCAUCUGGCUAGGCGUUCACGAUUCGACUCCGUGGGAGCAGGAGAUGCAAUUGAACUCUUUUUCCGAGCUCUGGCGAAUUGCAGAGCGACACCCUGAAUCCGGCAUCCGCCAAAUUGAAAUGACUGAGAUCAUGGAUAACGGUGAUCCAGCAAAAGUAUGGUACGAAGGGAAGGUUCCUGGUUUCCGCUUCCUGUCUCCUUCAGAAAUUCCCGAAGGUGCGAAAUUCGGCAUGACCUUCCAGACUCUCGUCAUUACACCUCCUACGUUCCUUCCCUGGUUCCGACAGCACUUAGAGAAGCAGGGCGUGAAGUUCCUACGUACCUAUGUCAAAUCCUUGCGCGAUUUGAGAGGUAUGGGACACGACGUUCUGAUCAACGCUACUGGUUUCGGCGCUAUGAAGCUGCUUGAUGUUGAGGAGAAGCGCAUCACUCCCGUGCGGCAGCAGAAUAUCAGACUCCGCAAGGAUGGUUACAACCGGUGUUAUAUCCGCCGUGGCCCAGACGGAUACUACUCCACGGCAUUCGCGCGUGGAGAUGGCACGAUCUAUAUGGGCGGGAUUAAAACCCUUGAUGACACCGAUUUCGCUUCCUACGAAGACCAGCGCAAAGAGAUGUAUUCCCUUCACCCAACCCCCCUCGACUACGACAUCAUUACGGACCAUGUGGGUGUUUUCCCCGUUAUUGAGCGCCAAAACGGUGGCGUUCGGGUCGAGAAGCAAGUGCUUCAUGGGCAGAAGGUUAUACAUGCAUAUGGACAGGAAGCCGGUGGGUUUACCUUCAGUUUUGGCCUUGGCCAGCAGGUGUCGAAAUACGUACAGGAAUACUUGACCGAGCUCCCGAAACCUGCAGAAACGCCUAUUCCUAGUAAGCUAUGA